AAUAUGGGAACCUCAACAUCUCACAACCCUAUGGGCCUCUACGGCCUAUUACAGGGAUACCUUUACUUUACUAUUAAUAUGUCUAUCAAUGCCAUAUGAGGAAUUCCCAGUUAUCAUAUUAGUCUCUAAUUUAGCCCAACAUCCAUUUAAGCCAUGAAGCGCCACUGGAUAUUAGGUUCCAUUAAAUUAAUUAUAAUAUCUUACUAUUUGCUUAGAGGAACUGAGGAAAACUUUGAGGAUAGCCACUCUCCAACAGGAUUCAAACAGUGUACCACCUUAGUGCCAGUUUCACUUGUUUCAGUGUAGUGUAUAAUUGCUCCAGAAUUUCUGCUCAUUUGCCAAGUAAGUCAGUUCAUUUGAAGGAAAUGUAUGUCUGAAAUCUACAUCAAUCGAUGAAUUCCCACCAGUUAUCGACAGCAUUUUCCAGUAACAAUAUGCAUUUUAGGAUUCUAGGUGUACUGGAAAGUCCUGCUAAAUGGAAUGCUCAUUCUUCUUUUGAUAUAUGCACAGAUGAAGCAGAGACCUCAGUUCGAGAUAGUGAGAGCAUGUGAGGAUGAUUGUGAGACAAUGUGCCUGUUCUUGAGAGAGAACUACUAUCCUUUUGAACCAAUUAACAUCGCCAUGGGUCUGGACAGUGGACACAGCAUAGCAAAUGAAGCUCACCUACUGGACUUUGUUAAGGAAGGGACUUCGUUGUUGGCAGUUGCAACAACACCUCAGAAAACACUGUUGGGUGUCUGCAUUAAUGGUGAAAUAUUCAGUGAUGAGAAUAUGAUUGAAAUAGUCUCAAAUUGUACAUGUGAGAGGUAUGCCAAGUUCCUCCAAUUUAUAGAAACUGUUGAUCGAUGUUCAGAAUUCUGGAACAGAGUAGCAGUUGAACGGGCACUCUCUUCUGAAGCAUUGGCUGUACUAGGGUCAGUAAGGGGUCAGGGAGUUGGAAAAGCGCUUCUGGAGAAAACACUGCAGGUCGCGAAAGAUGAUGGCUUCCCAUUGCUUAGAGUGGAUUGCAGUAGUUACUACUCGGCAAAACUGGCAGAGCAGAUGGGACUUGAAUGCAUAUAUUCUCUGCCAUAUUCUGAAUACAAAAAUGAGGAUGGAUGUCAGAUAUUUGAUCCACCUAGUCCACAUGUGGAAUAUAAAUUGUUUAUUCACAAGUUCCUCUAGAUGAGCUGUCCACAUGACAUUUCAGUAGAGGUGAUGGCUGACUAAUUAAUUCACUAAGAAAUUAUAAAUGUUAGUAAAGCAAUACUGCAAAAUACUAAAUACAUGGAAGUAACAAAAAAGGUUAUAUGUAUCUGUAUCUUUAAUUAAAUUCCAUAGAUACUUAACUGGCUACCAAAGCUGUCAGAUAUAGAACAUGUCACAUAUACAUUCAUUAGUUCUAAACACAGAACUAGUCACAUUCAUCAAAGAAACAAUAAUUAUACAUAAAUGAGUAAUUUAACAAGCACAGUGGACUCAUCAACUUGACAGUAAUACUUUAUUAAGAUCAUAGCUUAAAUAUAUGACAAAAUAUCACAUUAUAAUCAAUUAAUUUAUACAAUGUACUAUAUAAACAGCAUUAUAAAACGUUCAGUUCAUCUUGUAUUUAAUAUACUUGUUAAAUGUAAAAAUGAAUGGAAAUAUAAUAUUUUUCAAGGCCGAUUUCAGUUGUUUUGUAUUAUGGGACAAAUCCUAUAUUUGAACAGGUAAACUGUUAAAACGCCUUAAUCCCAUUAUAAUACUUGUAUGUUCCCUUCUGAUAAACUGAUAAAUGAGACGGUGGGUGAUGCAAGUCAGAUUUGUCCUAGUAUUAAUAUUAUGUAAACCAGAAUUUACUUUAAAAUGAUGUUUAUUAUUGAUCACAAAUAAUGAAAGUGCAUAUACUCGUAUACUAAAAUUGUAGUGGUAAUAUUUUUGAUUCUCUAAAAUAUUCUCUACAUAUAUCUCCAUCUCUAAUCCCCACUAUAAUUCUAAUAAUUACUUUUUAUAGUCUAGAAAUUAUAUUGCUAUAACAAAAAGUUCCCCAAAAUUUUAGUCCGUAAGUCAUGAUAGAGUGAAAAUAGGAAUAGUAUACCAUCUUCAAUGAUUCUUGGGACAAGAGUGGCUUUACUGUUCUAAUCUCGAAGCAAGAUGAACUAAUUUUGAGCACAACUGUGUCCAUACAAAUCUUCCAAGAAAAUGUUUUGUCCAGUGUUAGUCCAAGGAAUUUUGCAUUAUAAAAAUUCAAUGUUUUCUUGUUCCCAUUCAUUAUAUUUAAAUCAAUUAACAUCUUAUUUAUAAAUUGCAUAAAUUUUAUCUUAUCGACAUUUAGCAACAAUAAAUUAGUAGUGAAACACCUAUUUAUAUCUUGAAAAAAUUUAUUAACAUUAUUUUUAAAAUUUACGGGGUUGAGGCUAGUAAUGAUGCACUAGUGUUGUCUACAAACAGAAUGAGUUCAGCAUUAUCAUUUAUUGUUUUUGGCAAGUCAUUAAUAUAAAGUAAAAAAAAAAAUCAAUUGACUAAGUGUUGAUCCCUGUAGGACACUAUUCUUUAUCUAUCCCCAGUUUGAACAGGAGUCACGGGAAUUGUUGUAUAAGGUAAUGCUUUGGUAUGUACCCUCUAGGUUAGAUUUAAUUAGUUUAAGAGAUGUUCCUGUUAUUCCAUCAAACUCUAAUUUUGUUAAUGAAGUGUUGUAAGUAAAACAAUCAAAAGCUUUCUGUAAGUCACAAAAGAUGCCUCCAACCAUCAUUCUGUUAUUCGAUGCAUUUAAUAUAUCCUCACUCAAUCUACAUGAAGCCUUGUCUAUUGAUGCAGAAGAUCUGAAACCUAAUUGUUCCUCUACUAAAAUGUAAUAAUUUUCAAUAUGUUGCAGAAGUCUUUGUAUAUGAUUUUUGCAAAGGCCUCAGAAAAUUAAGUUAAUAAGAGAUCGGUCUGUAAUUAGUCAUGUUUUUCUUAUCACCCUUCUUGAAUAAUGGUUUUACAGUAAAAUGUUUUAAACGAGUAAGAAGGGUUUCAGAUAUUGUAGAUUUAUUACAAAUAUAAUUUAAAGAAUAAGAGAUAAAAUGAGCGCCUGUGGAGGGAGAUGAAGGAGGAGGAGGACCAGCCAGCUCACUGGUGACAGAACCAGAAGAUUCAGCACUACUAGUCUGAAGACUAACCAUUGGACUUGAUCCUGCACCAGUUCCAUGCACCCCCCCCCCUUCCCAUCUUCUCCUCUCUUUUCAUGAGAUCCAUCUUAAUAUUAUCCUGCCAACUUCUAAGUGUCCCAUGUACCCACUUUCCAAAACAUAUUCCUGAUAAAUUUUGUAAUGAAUCUCUUAUAUCCUUCCGCCUGUGUUACAUUCCCAGCUCAUCAGCAUAUCCUAGAUUUCACUAGGAUAAGGGAACUAGGUCACCUAUAGAGAUCAUACUCAUGUAACUCCCAAUAUCUACUAUUCUCAGUUCACGUUAUCCCUCCUAUGUGCAAAUGUUUUCAUGUAGUUUAUGGUCUUCCCCAGAGCAAGAGAUUAUGUUUCACAACUGUAUGACAUGACUGACAAACUUAAUAAUUUAAAAUUGUUAAUUACUGUAUGAUAUACAGGAAGUUAUACUUUAAAUGAGUAGCAUAAUUUAUCAUAACUAAUUUUGUCUCGAGAUCAGUUUUCUUGCGAGCAUCUAAACAAAUAUUUGUGUUAUACAUUUUAGUUUUCAUAUUCUUGAAUAAGUCAAGUGGGAUUUGUGAUGGACAAAAUGGCGCUGGGGCAGGUUUUCCCGAAGUAC